AUGAGUAGAAUUCUCAUCACUGGUGCCACUGGGUACGUUGGCGGCACCGUACUUUCUCAGCUCAUAGCUAGUACAGCACCAAGUAUCAAAGAUCUUACUUUCGACCUCCUUAUUCGCAAUGAAACACAGGCUCUGGAACUCAAGAACGCAUACGGAUCUCGCAUCAAUACCAUCAGAUGGUCUGGCCUCGAAGACACAGCAUUCAUCGAAGACACCGCCUCGAAGUAUGACAUUGUGAUCAAUACUGGCUCUGGUUUCAUUCCUGAAGGCGCCAUAGCCUUUGUGAAUGGUCUUGCACGCCGAAUCAAAGCCAGCAAACCCGCACCGUGGAUGCUGCACAUCUCCGGUUGUACGAACUUGUCUGAUCGUCCGUUAUCGCAGCCCCCUCGACCAAUACGAGAGUGGAACGAUGAAGCGGACAGUGACAAGAUCCUCGACUUUAUGAGAGCGCUCGAUGAGAUAGAACCAUACGCGCAGCGCACAACUGAAGUUGGGGUCUUGGAGACUGCCGCUGCCACCGGUGUACAGGCCAUCAGUGUCAAUACACCUUGCAUCUUUGGCGAAGGCACUGGCCUAUUCAACCGCCAAGGUCUAGUUAUUCCCUUGAUCAUGAUGUACGUCGUACAACAUGGCUACGGUUGGAAGCUCAACGAAACGGCGAACUUCGAUUGGGUCCACGUCAUCGAUCUUGCCGAUAUCUAUGUCCUUCUCGUACGCACCAUUCUUGAACGCGAUGAUCACGGUGUCGGUUACCUUCCUUCUGGCAAGAACGGCAUCAUGUUCGCAGCAGUCGGCCGCACCCUCAUCAAGGAGAUCAACCAGGGGUGUUUGGAUGCAGCUUUCGCAGACAGGAUCCUGCCACGCGACGAUACCCCGAAAGAAAAGGAAAUUAGACUCGUGCCGCUGCAGGAGAUCGCCGACAAGCUCACUGCAGGCCAUCGCGAUAUUGCGGAGCGUGGCUGGGGCGGGCAUAAGGCUACAAAAGCGGUGCGAGCCCGCAAGCUGUUGGGCUGGGAGCCAAAGAGACUGCAAAAUGCUUGGAAGAAGGACUUCUGGGCUGAGUUGGUCGCUCUGAAGGAAAACAGGCGGAUGGUGACAAUGGAGAGCUGCAUUGGAGCCAAGAAAUGA